AAUUAAUGACAUUUUUAUAGAUACUUAGUGCAAUAAUAGGAUGGACUUAUUUUGCAGUAUGGAGUAUAAGUUUUUAUCCUUAAAUCUAUGAGAAUUAGAAAUUGAAAAAGUAUUGAAAUGAGUUAAGUGUUAGUGUGAAUGGAUUGAGUGUUGAUUAUGUUGGAUUGAAUAUAACAGGAUACAUUUGUUUAUGUAUAUAUAGUACAGCUGGUUUUAUGGAUGAAUCUUUGAAUGUUGGUACUAUUCAUAUAGAAGAUUUGGCAUUUGCGUAUCAUGGCUUAUUGUGCACAUUGAUAAUAAUUGGUCAAAUGAUAAUAUUUCCUGUAUGAAAUUCUAAUAUACAGUUAGGAGACAAUAAAUUAUCAAUAUAAAUAAUAGCUAUUUUAAUUUUGCUGUGGACUUUGACACCAAUAUAUUUUUUGUUAACAGAAGUAUGAUUUUAAAGAAGUAAAUAGACUUUUGAUGUAUGGAAUGUAUCUGUUGAUUACAAUGCAUAUCGAAUAAUAGGAUAUGAUAAAUUAUUGAUAAGUUUCAUUAAGUAUAUACCCUAAGUUUAUUGGAAUUACAAAAGAAAGAAAACAAUAGGUUGGAAUAUUUGGGUGAGUCUUUUGGAUUUAACAGGGGGGAUUUUGUCAGUAGUACAAACUGUUAUGGAUCAAUUUAUUUAAGAUGGUAAUUGACAUUAAUAAGGGUAGUACAUCCUGAGAUUAACCCAGUGAAAUUCUCAUUAGGAUUGUUGACUAUUGUGUUUGAUUCAAUCUUGAUAUUCCAACAUUAUUAUCUUUAUCCACAAAAGAAACAAACUUUGGUAAUGGAUUAUGUGUCAAUGAAAGAUAAAGGAAUAGAUGAUAUAUGAUAAUG